AUGUCUUCUUCAUAUGUUACCUCUUCAGGUCCCAAGAUCCGAUAUGCAUUAUUUGGCAUUACCACCAUCAUCUUCAUCCUCUCUUUACUCCUCAAUCUCCUCUUGCCGGGAUUCGGUUACGACUCUACUGGAUUCAUCAAUCUCUGGAUUCAUGUAUUCAUCGGUCUGAACAUGUUGAUCUACUACCCGCCCGCUAUCUACUUCGCUCUUAAGAAUAGAAGAUCAAGGUUUGAUCAAGCUGGUGGGGAAGUAGCUGUGGGAGUAUUGAUCACCGUUUCUUGGUUAGCAUGCGUAAUCGUUCAACUCAUCUUCACAUCUUGGGAACUAUGCGACGACCCCGAUUCAGGUUUCUAUACUGGUGAGGAAGGGUGUCAAGCUGGCGCCAUCGCCCUCUCAGUGUUUUUCUUCCUUAACUUGUUGAUUCAUUUCGGUUGGACUACAUGGAUCAUCGUACUGGUCCACAAGAGAAGCAACAACAAGAAAGAGAGAGAUGAAGUAUAUAAGAUCUCUACUCAUGUCUUGGUCAGAGGGGGUUCGACGCAGAUUGAGCAUGGUAAGAUCUCAGAUGGUGACGAAGAAGGCUUGUACAAUCUCAGAUCGUAA